UAUUUGCCCGUGUGCGACAAGAACUGUUUAGUUCCCAGCUUUUAACUAUUCGAUUUGCUAGUCAGCUAGUUUCUAUUUCUUUAUAAUAUUGCUUUAUAAUAGAAAAUACACUAAAUGUAUAUAGUAGUGCGGCCUUGUUUAUUCAAAUUACAAUAAAAGACAAAAAAAUGAAUACAAUGUCGUCAUUGGUAUUCAUACUAGGAUUUUUAAUGUUUAGUCACUACUCGUCGGGUCAGAUUUACACACCGACUAUUAAUCUAAUUGACGACACCAAUUAUCACAUCGCCAAUUUGCAAAGCAUCGUCCGAUCAAGUGAAGGAUUAGCGCAUCCCGUAGUUGUCGAAAACGCAGCGAGAGAGGCCCAACUCCCUAAGGAACUGUUAAAUCCGUUUUAUAAAAAUCCCGCAAUUGCGGCCGGUUUGGCAAAAGAAUCGUUGAUCACAAACAAGGAGUUUGCGGUGUUCAAUCGAGAAACCGAACAGAUUCCACGAUCGGAGGUAUUGAAGAUUUUCAAUCGAGCUGGAUUUUUUAGAAACAGAAGAAGGUGAAAGUUAGAUUAUACUGUAAAUUAAUAAAUAUAUGUAAAUGUG